CCAACCGCUGCCUCUCAAUUAGUCGAUUGCAAUGCUCUACAACUCCCUCUCCUUUUCUUACUUCCUCUGUCUCUACCUCGAAUUGUUACCCGACUGGCGUCAGCUUCGGAUCUUCACUUGCAGCGCCAAACGCGUAUCGGACCUCCAUGGAUGCUACCAGUUGCCUUGCAACCACACGCGACUACGAAGCUUCUCUCGCUCUCUCCAGAGCACUUGCAAAUCAAGCACCUCGCCUUCCCGACAGUCUUCUGGUCUCCGUUUCCGGAUGGAAAUUUGGGCCCAGAACUUAACCCUAAGUAUUUGUUGGUUCCAGCUUUGCGGUCACAGUUACUCUUCCAAAUCAUUAGGUCCUCGUCUGCUUAGUGACGGUUGCGACGCCGAAAGGCAGAACGAUUCGAACAAGGCUAGGGACUGAAAGUUUGGAGGGAUAGUCCAGAUGUCGAAAGACGAUAAAAUAGAUUUCUCCUAUGAGCCAUUCUGGUAAGAUCCUCACGCGAGGAUGCUCGUCAGGGUUUUCUGCUGGGCGUUACUCUGGUUAUUAUGGAUCGUCUUUGUCGGUGCUCAAAUGGAUGGUAUGGAGAGGAGAUGCGAUGUGGGAGAGGUACAGGCUCUUCCUUGAGAAGGU